AUGCACCGGGCCCGAGUGCUAGAGCUGUAUCGCGGGAUCUUGAAGCGGGCCAGGGCCCUGGAGGACAAGGACGUGGCCGACGAGGCGAGGAAACAGUUCAAGUCGUGCCUGGGAGAGACGGACCCCCUCAAGGUCCAGAUGAUGGUGGCGGAUGCCACGAACCACCUGGAGGCCAUGCAGGGCUCGACGCGGGGGGCGGGGUCUGGCGGGGGGGGGGGUGACCAUUCCUGGCUGGAUAUUCACGACCCGGAGGACAAGCGGGGGAGGGUCGGAAAGGGUUUUCCCUGGCAACAGUAA